ACCUGCAGUGUCAAGAUGGUGGCAAUAAGAAAGCAGCUUACACUUUAUUUAGUGUUGUUGUUAAACAUUUACAUCAGUUCUGUGUCUUCUUUGUACUUUCAUAUCGGCGAGACCGAAAAGAAAUGCUUCAUAGAAGAAAUACCAGACGAGACCAUGAUAAUAGGUAACUACCGGACACAGCUCUAUGACAAGCAGAAAGAAGAGUAUUUGCCUGCUACUCAAGGACUUGGGAUGUUUGUGGAAGUGAAAGAUCCUGAUGAGAAGGUAAUCCUGUCUCGUCAGUAUGGAUCAGAGGGCAGGUUCACCUUCACUUCCCACACACCUGGAGAGCAUCAAAUCUGCCUGCACUCCAAUUCUUCCAAAUUUGCUCUGUUUGCAGGGGGAAUGCUUCGUGUUCACCUGGAUAUCCAAGUAGGUGAGCAUACAAACAACUAUGCAGAAAUUGCUGCCAAAGACAAGCUCACUGAGUUGCAACUGAGGGUGCGGCAGCUGAUGGAGCAGGUGGAUCAGAUUCAAAAAGAGCAGAACUAUCAGAGGUAUCGAGAGGAACGCUUCAGACAGACAAGCGAGAGCACCAAUCAGAGGGUUCUGUGGUGGUCUAUUGUCCAGACUCUAAUUCUGGUGGCCAUUGGUUUUUGGCAAAUGAGGCAUCUCAAGAGCUUCUUUGAGGCCAAGAAAUUAGUAUAGAACUGUUUGAAUUUUUAUAAAAUUGUGAUGUCAGGUGAUGCAGUACACAACAUUUUGAAGAUUACCGGCGUCAUCAAGACUAAAAACUCAACAUGAUCUCGGUUCUGUUCCCACCCUAAAUUCUUUCGUUGAGUCCUGCUUUGAGAUUUAUUUCACACUGUUUGUUUCAGUGCCACACCCCCAUGUAAUGUGAAUAUAGUUUCAGAUAUACAUUACAGUUUGUUGUUGGCUGUUUGAGGGUGAAAACCACUCUGAGUUUUUCAGCAAAGUAAUUUACUGCAGUCAAAGUCAGUUACAUAGUGGUUGCCUUACUUUUUUUUUUUUUUUUGUAGCCCCAUAGCUUGUUACAACAUUUUUAAAUUUGUUUGGGUAAAAGUGAUGAAGAAAAUAACUAUUAACUGUAUCAAGCGCUGAGUGUGAUGUUUUUCUACAUGGUCUAUUUUGUUAAACAUUUACAAGACAAAAAGAACGGUUCAUCCUGGUGGCAGGUGUAAAUGACAUUUGUUUGUCUUUAUGCAGUAAUUACUUUGAUAUUUAAAGUGUUUUUCUCAGAGUGAAUGUUUAUUGUUGUUUUCUUUUAUAUACUGUAUUCACUUGGUUAAGUUUUCUUUUCUUGACCCCCCAAAUGAGAUUAAUAUUAUGCCGGUUCUCUUUUGACAGCUACAAUUUGAUGUUGAACAAACAGUAUGUUUACAUGUUUGUUACGUGCACAUAUCCAAAUAAAUGGCAAAUUGUAGUUAUCAAGAGUGAAUACAUUGCACAUCAAAAUAAAUUCUUCUGGGAUACAA